AUGGUGACCUACAAGAUUAAAAUUGCAACCGGGACUGACCUGAGUGCUGGUACCUGUGUACAAGUCUCCAUUGUUCUUGUGGGAGAGGAGGGGGAAAGUGCUAAACAUCAAUUGCCCCAUAAGUGGAGCAACUUCAUACGUGGUGCAGUGACUGAUUUUGAAGUUGACACUGAGAAAGAUCUUGGAGAGCUCCUGCUGGUCCGGCUGUCCAUAGAGAAAUACAGGACUUUUAAUGUGGAUAAUUGGCAAUGCCGCUAUGUUGAUGUGACCAGUCCCAGUGGUCAGCUCUACCAGUUUCCUUUCUAUAAGUGGAUAUGUGGUCCAACGACUGUGGAGAUCCCAGAGGGGAAGGGCGUCAUAUUAUCUGGGAAUACUCCCCCUGUUCUCCAGCAACAACGGAAAGAGGAACUGGAGAGGCAGAGAUCUACACACAAGUGGAAUGUUUCUGUAGAAGGCAUCCCUCGCUACAUUGAUGCAGACACGGUUGAGGAACUACCCAUUAAUGACCAGUACUCUUAUCUUAAAAAGAGCAGUGAGACCUCUCUUAAGUUGACCGCAAAUUAUGAUAUGAAGACAGAAGGCUUCACAACCUGUAAGGAAUCGUGGACUGAUAUAGAAGACAUCAGAUUUAUGAUUUCCAUUCAAAACUCAAAAAUUUCUGAUGUGGUGGCUAAGAUAUGGAAAGAAGAUUAUUUCUUUGGAAGCCAAUAUCUAAAUGGAGUUAACCCUGUGAUAAUCAAGAAAUGCUCCAAAAUCCCUGAGAACUUCCCAGUUGGUGACAAUAUGGUGGCUGCAUCUCUAGGGACCACCACCAGUCUUCAGAAAGAAGUAGAGGACGGCAACAUCUUCCUGGCAGAUUACAAUAUUCUGGAGGGAGUCCCUGCCAAUGAAUCUGUUAAUGGAAAGCAACAAUACAUUGCUGCCCCAAUGUGUCUACUGUGGAAGAAUCCUCAAGAUCAACUUGUGCCAAUAGCCAUCCAGCUGGCUCAAACCCCAGGAGAGAAUGCUCCAAUCUUCCUGCCCAGUGACUCUGAGGCUGACUGGUUACUGGCCAAAAUCUGGGUGCGCAAUUCUGAGUACCAGGUGCAUAAAGUGGUCACUCACUAUCUCUGCACUCAUUCCAUUGCUGAGGCCUUUAACAUUGCAACUACCAGACAACUUCCUAUGAGCCACCCAGUGUACAAGCUAAUUACUCCACAUCUUCGCUAUACCCUAGAGGUCAAUAUCAUUGCCAGAGCAGAGGGCAUGGGUCCUCAUGGCUUCUUUGAUGAGGGUGCGUCAUCCGGAAAAGGAGGGGUUAUGAUAAUGCUAAGAAAAGCAAUGGAUGGGGUCACUUACACCAGCCUCUGUCUCCCUGAUGACAUCCAGGCAAGAGGAGUGGAUUCUAUUCCCAAUUACCUGUACAGGGAUGAUGGGAUGAAGAUCUGGUUGGCUGUGGAGAGCUUUGUGUCCAACAUUGUUCAUUACUACUAUAAGAGUGAUGAAGCAGUCAGUGCGGACCCUGAACUUCAGGCCUGGGUGGCAGAGAUCUUUAAAGAAGGUUUCUUGGAGAACAAAUCUUCAGGGAUCCCAUCAUUGUUGGAGACCACAGCCUCUCUGAUCAAGUACCUGACUAUGGUGAUCUUCACAUGUUCUGCUCAUCAUGCAGCUCUCCACGAUAGUGAGUGGGAUUUCUACUCCUGGAUGCCUAAUGGUCCCUCAUCCUUGAAAUGCCCCCCUCCCACAGCUAAGGGCAUCAGCACAAUGCAGAGUAUCCUGGAUGCAUUGCCAGAUGUAAACAUUACUGCCGCGUUCAUAGUUUCGCUGUUCACUGGUGUCCCGGAAGACGUUAUACUAUUUGGAGAUUACCCAGAUGUGCGUUUUACAGAAAAGAUCCCGCAGAAGUUCAUUAAGGAUUUCCAAAACAAGCUGACGGAAAUUUCCAAGUCCAUUAAUGAGCGGAACAAAAGCAUGGAUUUGCCGUAUCCCUACUUGGACCCAAAAAAGAUUGAGAACAGUAUCACUGCCUAACAUUAAUAGAAGCUGUUUAUCUACUGGUUGUGUCUGAAUUUCCAAUCCAUUUUUCAUGUCUCCUUAUUCAGAGUCUGUUGCCUCAGCCCCCUUCCCUUCACGUACCUGAGUCAGAUGUGGCUGGAAUACGAGUGCAGGCGUGGCUUCAUUGUGCAUAGUGUAAAUGUUAAAAGCCACAGUACAUAGGCUUACCAUACUAUCCCUUUAAGUCAGGACACUAAUGAAUUACACAGGUUCUCUGGCUGAUUAAAAUCAGGUCAAAUGCACUUUAAAGUCAGCCAGCCACAGAACCUGUAUAAGUCCUGAGUGCCCAUGGUAAGCAGAAUACAUCUGUAUUCUCGUCAGGAUGGGAUGCCAGCUGUCAGUAUCCCAACAGCGGCAUCCCACCUGCCAGAAUGCUCACUGCGCUCACCACGCUGCGGGCACGGUGGCUCACCACAGGAUCUAUGCCCACUCUAUGGGUGUCGUGGACACCCAUGAUGGGAACAGCCCCUGUGAGCCGGUAUUCCAGCUGUCGCCAUUUUGAGCUGUCAGGAUUCCGGCGUCCGUAUCCUGAACGGCGGGAUCCCGACAGUCGGCAAAUUGAUUGCCUCCCUGGUAAGCCUAGCAGUAGCAGUAGACAAUUUAAGCACAUUACAGCUAAUGGUCAGAUAGUGCAGAUAAUUUCUCAAGUGGAUUAUAUCAUCUGAAAUGUAAACCUAACCAGAUGUAAAAUGGAAUUUAUUAUCAUUAUUUUUUGUUAUGAGAACACUUAAAAUAUUUGAGCAGUGUUCCCCAGCUGUGAGAAGCAUUCUCUAUAUUUGUAUAACGAGUGUGCACUGCAGUGUAAAGUGUCUUUUAAAACACUAUUCCAGCAGUGUCAGUGCAUAUGCAUAUAUCUGUGUGCUUUCACCCUGUGCAACCAAUCAGACGCAAUCAUCAUCAUCAUCAGUCUGCAAAUUACACCGGGGUUAUAGCUUCCGCAUGUCAGACCGCUACAGGCAACUACAUUUUGGCUUUUCACUUCCCAUUUUAGUUGUAAUUUAUGACUACACGCUCUACUCACAACCUUACUGCACUUUGGCCAUGUCUACACGCCCACAUCCCUCAUCUGCACGCCAAUUCCAGCCCCCUAGUCGUACACUUUUUUUCGUACUGCUGAUGAAUAACUAUAAAAAAGACACCUAAUGUAAAAAGACGCACAUACACACUAAAGAAAGGUGCAACCUGCAGCAGGAAAAAGGUGCAAAAUGCAUAUAUACGUGUUACACUGAAUAAGGCCCUGUAUGAUCUGGUAAUUCCAGUAGUAUAGUAUCUUCAAGAUAAUUACCUGUACCUACUGUAUA